AUGCCCAGCCCCCAAAGCAUCAUGGCAGCUGCAGUGCUCAUGUUCGCCACUCUGCUGCAGCAGGGCGCCUCGUCAGGCUGUCGCGGCGGGGUUUGCUCCUCUGGCACCGCCUGGCUACAGCUUCACGGAAGCUUCAACAAGACUUUGUCUACUGAGAGCAGCUUCGGCUCCUGCGUAGCUUCCACCACUGAGCUAGGUGCUACGGAUGAGAUCUGCGCUCAAACCUGCAGCUACUUGGAAGUCGGCCAGUGGCCUUGUGGUGGAAACGGUCCCUGCGUCUGCAGUCAAGGAACCACGGCUGCACCCACAGUGGCUCCCACGACGACCAUGCGCAGCACCACUGUGGCGGCUACCACCACCACAACCACCACAACCACCACGGCCAGGACCACCCCGUCCACCACCACCAGGGCAGGUACCACGGUCACCUUGUCCACUCCGUCCUCCACGCUGGCACGGUCGAUUCAGGUGCUGGAGAGCUCCAACUCGGAUGGGGUGUUCAUGUACGACACCGGCAAUGGGUGGCUGCCUUCCGACAUCUACACGUGGCCAGACAUGAUCCAGGCGGUGCGCUUGAUGGCUACAAGUGGUGUGGGGAGCCUGAAGCUGUGGCUGGGCGACACGAACCACCUGUAUGGCUUGGUGAAUGUGGCGGCUUUCUUGGCACAGUGCAUGCAGGAGACCAUUCAGUACAAUGCCUGCGAUGAGAACAACUGGAGUGACAAGGCCGUAGUUCAGGAGGCGGGAGGCUCGGUUUACUCAUCGGCAUCGGCGUGUGGACAGCUCCACCAGUCGUACCAGGAUUACAGCUGCUCGCCCGAGGAGGACGCCCUGGCUGGCGGGAAGAUGGCCUGUGACGUCGACCCCAACAUGGAGAUGCGGGCCUUCACGCAGGCCGGGUGGUACGGUGCUCCCGCCAAGCUCUUCUGUGCUCCGAGGUCCAAAGUGCCGAAGGCUCCCAGGUGGGACUACAGUGCUCCAUGGUGUGCACCCGAAGACGGCUAUGGCCAUGUCCCUCCCUUUGCGGACGACGUCCCCCUGGACGAGUACUUUGAGUACGUGAAUGGAGGUGGCAGCUGCAAGGAUUACCAGGGCAUCAAAACAGGGGGGUGGACGUUCGCAGGCGACGGCUGCGUCGACGGCGCUUGCCCAAACUCCGAUGCGCCCUUGUUUGGCCAACCGGAGGGGCGCGAGGACGUGGAGGGCUGCUGCUGGUGGGGCCGAGGCGUCAUCCAGACGACCGGAACCUGCAACUUUGGCAAGCUGAACUUCUUUAUGGGCAAGAGGGCAGCGGAUGAGGGAAGGUCCUCGAUUUAUCCGCAGAUCGAUUUUUGCAAGAACCCGAACUCCAUUUGCGAUCCUAGCAGCCCUGGGGAGCUGAAAUGGGUCGCGGGCAUGUUCUACUGGCUGAACGCCGUGCAGCCGUACACCUCGGGCGGCUGGGACUACAUCGCCGAGCUCAAGAAGUGGGUGGACAACGGCAUGCAGCAGGGUGACCGGUCGUUCAUCAAUGGGGCGUCCGGCAUCGUCAACCGCGGCUGCCACAAUCCGCCCAACUGCGGCACAGGGGAGCUGCACGCCGCCACAGAGCGGGCGCAAAACUUCGACAAGGUGCUCAAAGCGAUGGGUCUGAUGUGA